AUGUAUCUUCAGGAAGAAAAUCUAAGGAAUCAGUCUUCUAUCACACACUUUCUUCUCUUGGGUUUAUCUGAAGUUCAUGAAUUACAGAUUCUACUUGCCAUUGUGUUCCUUGUUUACUAUCUGGUAGCAGUUGGAGUAAAUCUUCUCAUCAUCUCUGCAGUAGUUGCUGACCACCACUUACAUAACCCCAUGCACUUCUUUCUGAUGAACCUGGCCAUACAGGAUAUAGGACAAGUUUCAGUCAUAGUCCCCAAAUCCAUGGCAAAUUCCCUCAUGGACGCUAGACACAUUUCGUAUUCUGGAUGUGUUGCUCAAGUGCUUUUCCAUCUCAUCUUUAUAUCAUCUGAUCUCUCUCUUCUCACAGUUAUGGCCUAUGACAGGUAUGUUGCUAUCUGCCAUCCAUUGCAAUAUGACUUGUUGAUGAACAAGCAAGCCUGCCUGCAAAUAAUUGCUAUUGUUUGGAUCAGCAGCUUUCUGUAUGGAGCAUUACAUGCAGGAGGUACCUUUGCAGUCCCCUUUUGCUCCAACGUUGUCAACCAAUUUUUCUGUGAAAUCCCACAAUUAAUGAAGCUUGCCUGCUCUGACCUGUAUCUAAUUGAAGUUGGACUUAUUUUGUUAAGUGUUGUGAUUGUAGUAGGAUGUUCUAUUUUUAUUCUUGUGACUUAUGUGUACAUUUUUAUAGCAGUGUUGAAAAUUCCAUCUGUGCAAGGAAGGCAGAAAGCGUUCUCAACUUGCCUUCCCCAUCUCAUUGUAGUGUCCAUACUUAUAUUCACGGGAUCUUUCGUUUAUAUCAAGCCAUCCUCGAAUUCUUCAUAUCUUAAUUUGGUAAUGACUGUAUUAUAUUCUUUGCUUCCCCCUUUAAUGAAUCCAAUAAUCUACAGCAUGAGAAACAAGGGAAUUAAAAAUGCUGUAUUCAAAGUCUUAGGUACUACUCUUCUCUCAAUCCUAAUUCUACAAAAGUGA